AUGUCUGUCUUUGACACAGAUUGGAUCACGGCAACAUCAAUGUCCAAGUCAGGCACAUACGUGUCCAACGAUGGCCCAACAUCGCCCCAGCUCUCCCACGACACGAAUCCUCCACUGUCGCAGCCUUCGCACCAGCACCAGCCUCUGGCUAUGCUGCGGCAGGCAAACAGCGAUCUACAGUUAUACUACGUGAUACAAUAUGCCGGACCCCUCAUUCUUGUGGUCUUCCUCAUACUGGGAAUGUAUUCGAGACGAUAUUCGCCGCUGUCUUCCACUUCGACCACUGGCGAGAAGCAUUCCAAGUCUGUGGAAUCAUCAUCAUCAUCAUCCCACAACAAAUCACUGGACGAGAUCGUCGACACGCUUGCACAGCUCACUUCUCGAUGUAACAUUCUCCUCGACCCAUUCCUGGCUAUGACCGACUUCCUCUCGACACAACGCACGCCAACCUCAGCCACAACACGACCGGCUCUGACGACACUCUUCAUUCGCAUCCUCUUGGUCUCGCCUGCGUGGAUUGCCCUCACCUUACCUCCACUGUACAUUCUCACACCCCGCCGUGUCAUUCUCUUCACAGGCACGACUAUCCUGACCUGGCACUCACGCCCAGCCCGCGUCACACGAGUCCUGCUUUGGCGGUCACUCUUCCUGCGUCGCCUCGCCGCACUCAUCACCGGCCUGUCCUUCCCAGAUCAGGCGCUUUCACCACCAACAAAUCUGCCACUUCUUCACAGCAGUAUUCGGCAUCCGCCGCUGCGAGCACCCGACGAGCCGCCUCUUCUGGCGUGCGUUUCACGUUCAUCCUGGCUGGGCUGGACCACGUCGCUGUUCUCCUACGAGCGCGGUCCAUGGACAGAUGAGCACCUCAACCACGCUCCCAGCAGGGACGAAUUCGAAUUGCCAGAAGUGGACGGUGGUGUUAGCAAGUGGCGCUGGGUAGAGGGUUCCGACUGGCGCAUAGAGCGGGGCGAUGCAAAGCAGCAUGCCCGUAAUUCCAGCACUGGCAGCCGAACAGGUCCUGCAGGAUCCAGUUCGUCUUCCGGCUCACACGAUGGCAGUGAUGGAGGUGGCUGGAUAUACUAUGACAACAAGUGGGAAGAUGGCCGACUCGAAGACGGAUGGGGUCGAUACACGCGCCGAAGGAAGUGGUACCGAGACGCGGAAUUGGUCGAGGCAACACCCUCGCCCACACCCAAUAACGAUGGAGCGCGAAGCGAAGACGAUAGCGAAGCGUCUAGGAUUCGUCGAGCGAAAGAAUAUGCCAGCAAGAUUGGAAAGUCGCCCGCCACUACUACACCGCUGAAGACUGCGCUCUCACCUACCUCGCCAACCACUCCCGUUACGAGCACAGUCACGCCUGGCAGCGCUACAGCCACAGCAACCGAAACACCCACCACACCGUCAACUGCGAAGCGACGAUCUGGAUGGUUCAGCAGCACGAAGGAGAAGUCCUCGACUCCUACCACAAAUGCUGGCGGUGAGCAAGAGACCAUUCGCAACCGAGCCAAAUCAGACGCACGCUCAACAGCCAGCUCGAGCAUAACGAAGAACACGAUGCUGAGUGGUGGCAGCAACAGAAGUAGGGAUGGGCCAGAAGACGAUCACGUAGACCGCUGGCGUGAGCAGCAGAGGGGGUUUAGUGUGGCAGGCGAUGAUUUGAGUAUGGGCUUGAGCUGA